AUGAGCUCCGCGAAGGCCAAACCAGGGAAACGAAAGCCAGCCGCUACGAAAGCGCCAGCAGCAACCAAGAAGCCUCGAAAGCCGCGAGGCAUGAUCGAACUGCCUGUAGGAAUUAUCUUGACAGACCUGACCAAGAAAACAUGGAGGAUUGGAAGGUUGAUCGGCUGGGGUGGAUUCGGAGCUCUGUAUUUAGGUAUUGAAAUUUCCUUCUACCACUAUAACAAAGCCAUAAUUACCUUAAGAUUUACCUAACAGGAUGCAGCAAAAUUUUGUGUCCACCACAUCUUUACUAGAGAUGUUGGGUGAGAAGUUGUUAGUAUGUUUCUUGCGGAUGUUGGGGGGCCGGGAGGGUGGGGGGUCUGAAUUUCAAAACCCUUUGUUUCACGUAUUGAGGAGAAAGCCAUGUCCUGAUCAGUAUUUUACUUUGUUAAACUUGUCUUCAUUACUGUCACAGUUUCAAGCCAUCCUUCACUUCCUCACUUCCUCAGUGGAAAUUUAUCUGGUUUUCUGAAAGGACAUUCAUGUACAACAGCCCUCCUCAAAACAUGCGAAGACAUUAGAGCAAAUUUAGACUCUAGCGAGCACUCUGCAGCAAUUACCAUAGACCUCUCCAAAGCAUUUGACUCUAUUAACCAUAAUUUGCUUCUUGCAAAGCUGUCAGCGUACGGUGUAACUGAAGACGCCCUACAACUUCUACGUUCUUACUUGACUGACCGAAAGCAACAUGUCAAGAUAGACGGUAACCUGUCAGAUUGGCAAAUUAUGAAGUGUGGAGUUCCUCAAGGUUCAAUCUUGGGCCCCCUUCUCUUCAAUAUAUACAUGAAUGAUGCGAAUUUUUCAGAUAUUUCGUGCUCCUUAAGAUUCUAUGCCGAUGACACUACGGGGUAUUCUUCAAGCCCUUGUCCAUCCACCUUGCAAAUAAAUCUACAAAACAACCUUGGUCUACUCGUUUUCUGGUUUUGUAAGAACUUCCUAGCGAUCAACCAUAGUAAAUCUCAAUCCAUCGUCUUCAAUAGAGCAACUCUACCAACGCCCUUUGUUAUUGACAGCAAUGAACUGGAUUACGUUCCACAGAUCAAGCUCCUUGGUGUAAUUAUCGACAAUUCACUCUCUUUUAAAGCACAUAUUAAAGAAAUUUGCUGGAAAGUGAACACAAAAGUUUCAAUUCUUCGUCGCAUUCAGUAAACUUAUACCCUCAGAUAUUAUGAUUAAACUGUACAAAGCAUUUAUUCUGCCUCACUUUGAAUACGCAUCACCAUUGUUCAUAGGUCUAAGUAAAGGUUUGUCUGCAAAACUAGAGUCAACCAAUGCAUUUGCUCUUAGGACUCUUCUUAACUACUCCAAGUCGACUGCUUAUGAAGAGCUACUUAAAACUGUACAUAUCAAAAGCUUGGAACAUCGACGAUAGAACAAGCACUGAUACUUGUAUACAAUAGCAUUUAUAACCAGGCACCGAACUACAUUCGGAAAUGUUUUUACUGCGCAGCAAUGGUUACAGCCUACGGGGCCAUCUUAAGGUUGUUCUUCCAAGACCGACCUCAUCUUAUAUGCAACAUUCUUUCACGCACCAGGCUGGCAAACAAUGGAACAGUCUACCAGACAAAAUAAGGAUGUCGGAGUCCCUCUCUAUCUUUAGGAAAAACUUACAAAACAUACAGUUGUCUUCAUCGUAUGACUGCAACUGUGAAUUUUGUAAAUAGACAAUCUGAUUACCAAUAUUUUUUCUUUUUAAAUUAUUAUUAUCUUUUAGUUGGUUUAAUUUUUCUAUUUUUUAUUUUUAUUCAUUACUUGUACAUGUAGAUUAUGUAAAUUAUCACGUUGUAAUUUUUAUGGCACAUUUGCAUUUAAACGAGCUAUCGCUCAUAUCCGAUAUGUGGUUAAAUAAAAUUACUUACUUACUUACUUACUUACUUACUUACUUCUGUCAUUUGGAACCAUCAUUUUAUAUGUGGCAAAAUGUACAUGAAAGUUACAUGAAACAAUGCUGCCCAGCAGUUGGUGGCUGGGGAUUCCGUGUUUGUUUUUCACUCUGGGCAGUUUUUACUGAUUUUACCCCCACCCUGCCCAUCCCUCUUGGCAUGGUAAGUACUGUAUGCAGCAAGGAUUUUAGUUUCCACUGAUUUUCAGUGUGACAGUGCCUAGUGGUUGCUUCUCACAGGGUUGUCAUGGAUACCCUAUGCAUUCAGCUCUGCUUGUCUUACGGCUUCACCUUAUUCAGGCACCAUGACCCACGCUGAUCUAUUGUUGUUGGGGUUAACCAUCUUAUGCGAGUUACUGUUUCAAGACCUUAUCACACUUGCAAAAAAUGCACUUGCAAAAUUUUAUCCUAACAGGGCCUCAAUUGUCUAUCAAAUUUAUGGGAUUGUGCAGGUUUGAUGUAACUGUGUGGUUCCAUACCCAAGCACCCUGUCAGAUAAGCACCCUUCAAACUGCUGAUUUUCUUCUGUCUUUGAUGAUGAUGAUUUUUUCUUUUCAACAGCUUCUCCAGAUAAUGGAUCAGCUGUUGGUGAAAAUGCAGAACAUGUAAUUAAAGUGGUAAGAUCAUAAAAUAAAGAAUUUGUGGCUUCCCAAGAUUUUAAAUUUAUUCAAAAGAUAUUUUUACAAGUGAAUUUUACAAGUGUAGCCAUUGUUUUGGCUCUGUAAACAAUAGCUACCUUUGUAUAUUAUACUUGCAGAAGUUUUAUUAAAUUGAUCCCUGUGUUACCAAGCCUUUUCUAAACUGUAUAAUGACAAAAUGAUAAAACAAUAGCCUGCUGGACAUCACACAUUAUUAAGCAAUAAAAAUGGGCUGUUAAGAACUUACUCUCUUGCAUUUUGUUAUCAGACAAAUUAAAUACACAACAGAAGAAGCAAACAAAAUAAAUAAAUAGAAAAAAGUGUCAAAUAUUUAAUUCCUUUUUAUUUACAGGAACCCCACACCAAUGGCCCAUUAUUCACAGAGCUUGCAUUUUAUCAGCGUGUGGCCAAGCCUGAACUAAGUAUGACCAAAAUCACAUUUACUAAAGUAACUAACAAUGCUUGUCUUUGUGCGUGAAUUUAGUUAGCAUGAUGUAACUUUUUAAACCAUUAAGGGUAGCUUAAGACCCCUAGAUAUCUGUGUUACACUGUGAGCCCUUUAUGUGUUAGGGCAAUCCGUGCACAUAAAUAUGUUUAGCAAACUAUUUUAAUAAAUACAUUUAAAUGUUUUGUUUUACUAGUAAAAAGCUGGUGCAAGUCUCGUCGACUGAAGCAUCUCGGCGUGCCCAUGUUUCUUGGUUCGGGGUCUUUUGAUCAUAACUCCACCAAACUGCGAUUUUUAGUGAUGGAGCGGUAUGGGAAAGAUGUUGAGGAGCUUUUUCUUAGUAGUGGCCGUAGAUUUGACGUCUCAACUGUCCUUAUGCUUGGUCUGAGAGUUGUAAGUAUUUAAUGUGUCUUCAAUUUUUGAUUCCACAAAAACAAUGGCUUUAACAGGUGAUUGUUAACAUAAAAAUCCUUUCAAUUUGUAUUUGGGGGUUUGUGAAAAGGAGGUCUACACUGUAAGUGACUUCUGAUAAACUGCCUAUUAUAUUUCUACCAAAAACUUGAUUGUGAAAGAAACACCAAGACUCAGUCAGGGCUGUGUGCGUUUGCAUGUAUUUUCUAGCUGAGUUAUUUCCAUUUAUUCUCAUCCCAGAAUAUUGUAUUUAGUUAAGUGUGCUUUAGUUUGUUUUUUGACAAAGCUACUUGCAAGACUGUUGACCUGACAUCAGUGUUGUAUUCAUGCAUGAAGGCAGGAUGGAUAUCUUUGUUUGGUUAUUUGCUGUUUAACCUUAUUGAAAAAUUGUUUCCAUAAUAAUUAUCCAUCAGCUUGAUGCUCUGGAAUAUAUUCAUGCACAUGAAUACACCCAUGGUGACAUAAAAGGUUCUAAUCUAAUGAUGGGAUUCACCAAAUCAAGAACUGGCCAAGUAAGUCCUUCUUCUUUUAAUACUGAUAUACAUCCUUACCAAAGUCCAAUAUCUGCUAACUUGCGUCACUUGAUGAUAUCACAGGCUUAAGUGGAUUACCCAGGCGCAUUUUUUUUCAAAACUUACCUACUGACCAAUGCUCAAGUUUUAAUUAUCUGUGUUAGAGGUAUUUAGUAAGAUUGUUUUUUAUUUCUGCUUUAGAAUGAGUAAAUGGGUGAUAAACAUAAGGAGAAAUGUUGAUAUUUAACACGAGCUUGGUUAAACCUGUUUAUUAUUGUUACUGUUGUUUGCAGGUUUACCUGCUGGAUUAUGGCCUUGUGUAUCGUUUUAAUCCUGAAGGAAAACACAAAGAAUACAAAGAGGAUCCUAAAAGAAAACAUGACGGCACAAUAGAGUUCACAAGCAGAGAUGCACACAAUGGUGUAGGUAAGAUGUGUUGAAAGUGGUCAGUCUCAACUAUCAUCAUUCAAUCAUACAUCCCCUGGUGCCUGAAUUUUUUAAAAUGUGUUACCGCAAGGGGCGCACACAAUCUGUGUGCGUAACCGAUUGUUUAUAUUUUACAGUAAAUGCACUAGAUGUACCGUUUGCUUCACCUCCAGAGAUAUUAUCGCUAAGUAUGUAUAUAAAUCACUGUCAAAUAAGCGUGUUUUGAUUUUUGUAGUUACCUCUAGACGUGGUGACUUGGAGAUCUUGGGUUAUGUUAUGCUGCAGUGGUUGUGUGACAGACUUCCAUGGGAAAAAAAUCUUAAUGACAAGGAAUACGUUAGGAAUGAAAAAACAAGGUAAACAAAUUAUGCCUUACCCAUGAAUCAUCAAAACUACUACAUUCUUUGGCUUUUUAUGACACAUGCUAAAUAAUUUUUAAGUAGUUCACUGGAAGGUUUUCUUAUCAUUGAAAGAAAUUUCUUUGUUGCUUCAAUAUUAAACCCAGGUAUUUAAAUUAAAGAAACAAUUUUGAGAUUGUAUUUUUAACAUUGUUUAUUUUCUAAGAGAACUUCAUAACUUUUAAGGUACAUGAAUGACAUACCAAAGCUAAUGAGAGACUGUUUUCAUGGAAAUCACCCUGGUAAGUGCUUUUUCUGAAGAAAUUCUGUUAACGAGGGUCAGGAGCAAUCUCAAAUUGAUAGACAGUUAUCGAGGUUCUGGACCCUCUUGACAGAUUUAUUUUAUAAAUUGGUUCAAAGGUAAACUGAUAUGCCAAGCACAAUGUAUCAUUUACAAACAAAACUUAGACGAAACACGAAAAUUUAGGUUGUUGCUUAUAGAUUAUAAAGUUGUUAUGGUAUUAUUAAAACGGGUAACUAAGCCUGGCUUGCUAACAGGUAUCAUGCAGAAGAAUCCAUUAGCUGAACUCCCAUCAGCCAUUUUAUUGAAACUUUAAAAAAAUCAUAGUCUACAAUUUAUGCACAGACUUGAGGAAGUGACUUGAGCCAAACUGAAAUAUGUUUGGGGGCAUUCAACACGUCUAGUAACAUGUUUCAACCCCUUUGAGUUUCUGGUCAAAUGGAAAACCAUUGUAGGAGGGUUUUGUUAAUUUAGAAGAACUGAAAAUGGAGAAAAAUAUUCUGAGCCAUGUUAGACUGGAAAAUAUUGUAAAUAAAUUAUUAUUAUUAUUCAUUCAAAAUAUUUCCUCGAUUCUGAUUGGCUAAAAGCACACACAUAAUUCACCCUAACCAAUUUUGGAAGAAUUUUGUGUUUAACAAGGAAAUGAUGUCAAAAAUGCAGCGUUCGUGCAGUUUAAGGCACUGUUAACCGAGAAGACCUGGGGACGAGGUUGAGUUGUUUUGGUUGUGAACUUGAACAUUUCACUCGUUUCAAGAGUAAGAACUCAGUAGGCGAAAAAAUAACUAAAAAACAUGGCAAGAACAGCAAGAAGACAACUCGAAGGGUGACAUCUGCUAUUUGGAGAAUAUUUGUGGAGCUGGAUAAACCUAAACGUACACUAUCGAAGAUAAACUUAACCUCAAUGGAGGUAAGCAUGUUUUAGCUAUGUUUUUAAACUAGGAAUUAUUUUGACUGAAUAAUAAAACAAUAAUAUUAUUGAAUUCGGCUUUCCUAUCAUAUGAAAAAUUGUGGAGAUCUUGGCGGGUGUUAUCUGCCUCGGCCUACACCCUCGACGGAUAACACCCUCUUCAAUCUCCAUAAUUCUUCAUAAGAUACUCAGCCUCAUUCAUUAAUUGUUAAUUAUAUAUUUAUGAUAAUUUAAUAUAUAAUUUAUAAAUUUAUAAAUUAUAUUCCUCUCCAUUGCAGUGGAGAUCCAGAGAUAUCUUGAGUAUGUCAACACAUUAAAAUACGAGGAAGAACCAGAUUAUGAACACAUUCGCAAACUGUUCAGAGAUGGUCUUAAAAGGAGAGGAUGUACUGAUGAUGGAAAAAAUGUCAAAUUAACAUCAGGGCAGGCCAGCCCACCCUCUGCAACCGCUUCAACAGUGUUGUGCAAUGGACAUGACAAAGUGGAAAAUGAGACCAGGGAUAAUGCUUCAAGACAGAAAAGUGGAGCUAGGGUAAGAAAUUGUGUCUGCUCAGUUUUAGUGUUCAGUGGAAAGAUGUUUGGGAUCAAGGCUAUUGAAUAGUAAUAUGAUAAUUAUGCAACUCAACAAAAUCAACACUGAUUCAUCUGAUGCAUUUCAUUUUGUAAGAACAUUACACAGUGUAGCAGCUCAUCCAGCUUGUUUAGGUGGAAAAUAAAAUCUGGCAACUUGAACUAGUUACUCCAUAAUACCAGUAGUCACAGUUAAAGGGUCAAUGAGAACUUUAAAAGUAAAGAAACUGCAACCAUUUUGCAAGUCACAAAGGUUAUGAAAAAGGGUUACCGGUAAUAUGUAAAAAAAUUUUGUGGCAUAUUUAUUGUAGCUUAAUUUUCAUCAGAAUGAAUUAACCACUCCAGAAAAUACCAUAGCAUACCAUAAUGUUCUUUGUUUGUCCCCCCCAAAUUUUGCAUAAGCGUUUUUUUUUCAAUUUCCAGUCUUGAGGCCAUUUUAACUCCCAAGAGAAACUGAAGACAAUGCUUAUGCAAAAUUUUGGGGCUUUUUUUUUUUUUUGGACUCUGAAGAUGACUACCGCACAGGUUGUCGAAACGUCAGUCACUGUCAACAACAACAGUCCUAUUCAGGACUACGUUCACCCGGACGAUCAAACUCAACCUUUUGCAUUAUGGUAUGUUAUGGCAUUUUCUGGAGUGGUCAAUAAUUGACGAUUAGAAUUCACUCUGAGGAAGAAAUGUACAUCAUAACAGAUCUGAUAAAAUUAUUAGCAUGCCAAUAUUUUUACAGAAAAGAAAGUCUGAAGACACAUGCAGCCCAUCAGGAGGAAAAAAAUCAAAAGCAAGUCCAGUAAAGAAAGUAGCAGCUGCAAAGAAAGGAACAACUGCUGCAGCCAAGAGGACAGCUGUAGCUAAACCACAAAAAGGAAGUCCAAGAAAAAGAAGACCAGUUAUGGUGGAUACAGCAACUUCUCCAUGACCUGGACACAGCCAUUACCAUUGUGUUAUGAUGAAACAUGUCCAAGAGAACUCAUAGCAGAGGUUCAAGAAACUGAAAGUUAGAACUGUCUUCAGCCAGACAAAACACAAUAUUCAUAGUUCCUCAGGAGAGGAAAGUAUUAGUGCAAUGAAUGGACACAUUUAAGGUUUCAUCCAACACUGCUUCAAGUUAUUUGUAUUAAUGUUCCGGUUUCUACACGUGUACUACAGGUUUGUUCAAAAGUAGCUUGCCUACAAAGUCACCUUCCAUUUAAGCCUGCCUACAACAAAGUACUUUUGUGGGUUCGCAUUAAGUUCC